ACAACUGAAUCUGUCCCUGUCGUAGAGCUACCCAGAAGCUUCCUUUGUCUCUAUCGAUGCUGACUCCUUCACCCCAACAGCUCCCAAUGUUUCCACCUUCCCCUCUCCACGCUGCUUUCCUCUCCCAGCGAGCAGUCAGCAGUCAGCAGCACCACCGGUCUCCUCCACAACAAAAAACAGAUAUUCUAUCGUCAGCAAUCCUGCGUUCCCUGCCCGACGGAGGUGCUUCCCUCGUUGCUGCGUUGCACUGCGGCGGCCUCGAGCUUGUUGUCGAUUCCAGCUCCAUGCGCCCAUGAUUUACUUUACUUGUGUUUUCUCGAGUCUGUAGCGGUUUUUAUCAGCUGCUUGCCUUCUGCAGAAGAAAAAGAAAAAAAAAGAACAGCUUUGUUACUACUUCCCAUCGUUCACCCAUUCAUAUUUUUUUUCUUGGUUCACAAAGUAAGAGGAAGCACAAACUACUCCAACUUCAUGGCGGACUUGGCGCUAGUUGGCUUAAGGUGGGCAGCAUCGCCGAUUGUCAAGGAGCUUCUUACUAAAGCUUCAGCUUACCUCAGUGUGGACAUGGUGCGUGAGAUCGAACGACUACAAGACACUGUCCUGCCACAGUUCGAGUUGGUGAUUCAAGCGGCCCAGAAGAGCCCCCAUAGGGGCAAGCUGGAAUCCUGGCUUCGGCGUCUCAAAGAAGCCUUCUAUGAUGCCGAGGACCUGCUGGACGAGCAUGAGUACAACGUCCUUAAGGCCAAGGCCAAGAGCGGAAAAGGUCCCCUGCUCCGAGAGGAUGAAAGCUCCUCCACUGCAACCACUGUCAUGAAGCCUUUUCAUUCUGCUAUGAACAGGGCACGCAACUUGCUCCCUGGGAACAGAAGGCUAAUUAGCAAGAUGAACGAGCUCAAAGCUAUCCUGACAGAAGCCCAACAACUUCGAGAUCUUCUUGGCUUGCCACAUGGCAAUACCGUCGAGUGCCCAGCUGCAGCACCUACCAGUGUUCCCACAACCACAUCACUUCCCACUUCCAAGGUUUUCGGUCGCGACAGGGAUCGUGAUCGCAUAGUAAAAUUUCUUCUCGGCAAGACAACAACUGCUGAGGCAAGCUCAACUAAGUACUCCGGUUUGGCCAUUGUUGGAUUGGGAGGAAUGGGGAAGUCUACCUUAGCACAAUAUGUCUAUAAUGACAAGAGGAUUGAAGAAUGCUUUGAUGUCAGGAUGUGGAUCUGUAUCUCGCGCAAACUUGAUGUGCAUCGUCACACAAGGGAGAUUAUAGAGUCUGCAAAAAAGGGAGAGUGCCCACGUGUUGAUAAUCUCGAUACUCUCCAGUGCAAAUUACGUGAUAUACUACAAGAGUCACAGAAAUUCCUGCUUGUCUUGGAUGAUGUUUGGUUUGAAAAAUCUCAUAGUGAGACAGAGUGGGAGUUAUUCCUUGCUCCAUUAGUCUCUAAACAGUCAGGGAGCAAAGUUUUGGUUACUUCUCAAAGUGGAACACUUCCGGCCGCUAUUUGUUGUGAACAAGAACAUGUCAUUCAUUUGGAAAACAUGGAUGAUACUGAGUUUUUGGCUCUUUUUAAACACCAUGCUUUCUCUGGAGCAGAAAUCAAAGACCAACUGUUACGCACGAAGCUGGAAGACACUGCAGAGGAGAUUGCUAAAAGGCUUGGACAAUGUCCUUUGGCAGCAAAAGUUCUGGGUUCUCGAUUGUGCAGGAAAAAGGAUAUUGCUGAAUGGAAAGCUGCUCUAAAGCUUGGAGAUUUAAGUGAUCCCUUCACAUCUCUGUUGUGGAGUUACGAGAAGUUAGAUCCACGUCUGCAGAGGUGCUUCUUGUAUUGCAGCUUGUUGCCAAAAGGUCACAGAUAUAGACCUGAAGAGUUGGUUCACCUUUGGGUGGCAGAAGGAUUUGUUGGUUCAUGCAAUUUGAGUAGGAGAACGUUAGAAGAGGUUGGGAUGGAUUACUUCAAUGAUAUGGUCUCUGUAUCUUUCUUCCAAUUGGUUUCUCAAAUGUAUUGUGAUUCGUACUAUGUCAUGCAUGAUAUCCUUCAUGAUUUUGCAGAGUCACUCUCUAGGGAAGACUGCUUUAGAUUAGAAGAUGAUAAUGUGACAGAAAUACCAUGCACUGUUCGACAUCUAUCUGUUCAUGUUCAAAGUAUGCAAAAGCAUAAGCAAAUUAUCUGCAAGCUAUAUCAUUUACGCACUAUUAUCUGCAUCGAUCCGCUAAUGGAUGGUCCAAGUGAUAUUUUUGAUGGCAUGCUACGGAACCAAAGAAAACUGCGUGUAUUGUCUCUGUCAUUUUACAGCAGCAGCAAGUUGCCAGAAUCUAUUGGUGAGCUGAAGCACCUCCGGUAUUUGAACCUCGUCAGGACGUUAGUUUCUGAAUUGCCUACAUCAUUAUGUACUCUCUACCACUUACAAUUACUUUGGUUAAACCACAUGGUGGAGAAUUUGCCUGACAAACUAUGCAAUUUAAGAAAGCUACGGCAUCUAGGAGCGUACGUGAAUGAUUUCGCGAUUGAAAAGCCUAUUUGCCAAAUUCUGAAUAUAGGUAAGUUAACGUCUCUACAACACAUUUAUGUCUUUUCUGUACAGAAGAAGCAAGGCUAUGAGUUGCGACAGUUGAAGGACUUGAAUGAGCUUGGUGGCAGUUUAAAAGUGAAAAAUCUUGAGAAUGUCAUUGGAAAGGAUGAAGCCGUAGAGUCGAAGCUAUAUCUGAAAAGUCGCCUUAAAGAGUUGGCAUUUGAGUGGAGUUCCGAGAAUGGCAUGGAUGCAAUGGAUAUUCUAGAAGGUCUAAGACCGCCACCCCAACUGAGUAAGCUCAGAAUCAAAGGUUACAGAUCUGAUACAUAUCCUGGGUGGUUACUAGAGCGAUCCUAUUUUGAGAAUUUGGAAAGUUUUGAGCUUAGUAAUUGCAGUUUGCUAGAAGGCCUACCACCAGAUACAGAGCUCCUUCGGAAUUGCUCUAGGUUGCGUAUAAACUUUGUUCCAAAUUUGAAGGAACUAUCUAAUCUUCCAGCAGGCCUUACAGAUUUAUCAAUUGAUUGGUGCCCACUGCUUAUGUUUAUCACCAACAAUGAGCUAGGACAGCAUGACUUGAGGGAAAAUAUAAUAAUCAAGGCAGACGACCUGGCAUCUAAACUUACAUUGAUGUGGGAGGUGGAUUCAGGAAAAAAAGUUAGGAGUAUACUGUCGAAAGACUAUUCAUCUCUGAAGCAGUUGAUGACAUUGAUGAUGGAUGAUGAUAUAUCAAAGCAUCUUCAAAUCAUUGAAAGUGGUCUGGAGGAAAGAGAAGAUAAAGUAUGGAUGAAAGAAAACAUCAUCAAGGCAUGGCUCUUUUGCCAUGAGCAGAGGAUAAGAUUCAUUUAUGGAAGGACCAUGGAGAUGCCAUUGGUUCUACCGUCAGGACUCUGUGAACUUUCUCUUUCUUCAUGCAGUAUUACAGAUGAAGCUUUAGCUAUUUGCCUUGGUGGCCUCACUUCACUGAGGAAUUUAAAAUUGAAAUAUAAUAUGGCAUUAACUACACUUCCAUCAGAAAAGGUGUUUGAGCAUUUGACGAAGCUUGACAGGUUGGUUGUAAUAGGUUGUUUGUGUCUCAAAUCACUGGGGGGCUUACGUGCUGCUCCAUCUCUUUCCUGUUUUAACUGUUGGGAUUGUCCUUCUUUAGAGCUAGCACGGGGAGCAGAACUAAUGCCGUUGAACCUUGCUAGCAAUCUCAGCAUCCUUGGCUGCAUUCUUGCAGCUGAUUCGUUCAUUAAUGGCUUGCCACAUCUGAAACAUCUUUCCAUUGAUGUCUGCAGAUGCUCCCCAUCCUUAUCGAUUGGCCACCUGACCUCCCUUGAAUCAUUAUGUCUAAAUGGUCUCCCUGAUCUUUGCUUUGUUGAAGGCUUGUCUUCCCUGCACCUUAAGCGCCUAAGUUUAGUAGAUGUUGCAAACCUCACUGCCAAGUGCAUCUCACAGUUUCGUGUCCAGGAAUCGCUCAGGGUUAGUAGCUCUGUAUUGCUCAACCACAUGCUAAUGGCUGAAGGGUUUACAGCCCCACCAAAUCUUACUCUUUUAGAUUGCAAGGAGCCGUCAGUUUCAUUUGAAGAACCUGCAAAUCUCUCAUCCGUCAAGCACCUGCACUUUUCAUGUUGCGAAACAGAGUCCCUGCCUAGAAAUCUAAAAUCUGUCUCAAGUCUGGAGAGUCUUUCUAUAGAACAAUGCCCCAACAUAGCAUCUUUACCAGAUCUGCCGUCCUCCCUCCAGCGCAUAACUAUAUUGAAUUGCCCCGUCUUGAUGAAGAAUUGCCAAGAACCUGAUGGAGAAAGCUGGCCAAAGAUUUCGCACGUUCGUUGGAAGAGCUUUCCACCAAAAUCGAUCUGGCUUCCUUAGAGUUGCCACUUUGAAAUAAAUGAGAAGGCACCUUGACGUCACCCCUCUUCUCUUGAAGCUCCAGAGUUGAGGCUCAAGUCAGAAGCCAAUCCGUCGUUAAUGCUGCCGUCCCCGCGGUUCCCUGUUUUUGCCGCUUGUAUUGCUCCGCUAUUUCAGUUGCUAUAUCAUUCAUUCCUUGGUUGUGCACAAUUGCCAAUAUGUAUUUCUCUGACAGAAUGAAGUAAUAACUGUGGCCAGGGCUUUUGUUUUCAUGUGCACAAUUGCUAUAUCAUUCAUGUGGCAAUUAGUAUAAAUACUCCAGGCAAUGCAAUAGAGAAGAUAGUUCAUUUUCCUGCACUUGUGCUUGUGGAUGGUGUAGCAGAGAAGUUCACCAUGGAACCAGUUCCAGUAAUGUGUGUGCUACAGUCAAAAUAGGUCGUAAUUCUCUGCUACGUACAGUCAAAACGUGUCUGCUACAGUCCGAGUGUUUCUGGAGAUUCGUUGUUGGCGGAUGAUGAGCUACAUUUGUACACUAUGGAUUGAGCUCGAGGACUUGUUCAUCUACUUGCUCUAUUACCAGUUAAAAGGUGAUUGCUUGUUGUUUGUCACCAAUUGGAUUGAUUACAAGUGUGCUUGCUGGUGUAGGAGAUGAAAAGGCCUUGUAUUUUAGUGCAUCAAAACUGAAGGUUUUUGGUGGUAUGCUCCAUUCUGUUGGAUUGGGAGGAAUGGGGAAGUCUACCUUAGCACAAUAUGUCUAUAAUGACAAGAGGAUUGAAGAAUGCUUUGAUGUCAGGAUGUGGAUCUGUAUCUCGCGCAAACUUGAUGUGCAUCGUCACACAAGGGAGAUCAUUGAGUCCGCAAAAAAGGGGGAGUGCCCACGUGUCGAUAAUCUCGAUACUCUCCAGUGCAAACUACGAGACAUACUACAACAGUCAAAAAAAUUCCUGCUUGUCUUGGAUGAUGUUUGGUUUGAAAAAUCUGAUAGUGAGACAGAGUGGGACCUACUCCUUGCUCCAUUAGUCUCUAAACAGCCGGGAAGCAGAGUUUUGGUGACUUCUCGACGUGAAAUGCUUCCAGCCGCUGUUUGCUGUGAACGAGUUGUUCGUUUGGAAAACAUGGAUGAUACUGAGUUCUUGGCUCUCUUUAAACAACAUGCUUUCUCUGGAGCAAAAAUCAAAGACCAGCUGUUACGCACGAAUCUGGAAAAUACUGCAGCGGAGCUUGCUAAAAGGCUUGGACAAUGUCCUUUGGCAGCGAAAGUUCUUGGUUCUCAGCUGUGUAGGAAAAAGGAUAUUGAUGAAUGGGAAGCUGCUCUAGAGCUUGGAGAUUUAAGUGAUCCCUUGACAUCUCUGUUGUGGAGCUACGAGAAGUUAGAUCCAUGUCUGCAAAGGUGCUUCUUGUAUUGCAGCUUGUUUCCAAAAGGUCAUAGAUAUAGACGUGGUGAGUUGGUUCAACUUUGGGUGGCAGAAGGAUUUGUUUGUUCAUGCAAUUUGAGUAGGAGAACAUUGGAAGAGGUUGGGAUGGAUUACUUCACUGAGAUGGUCUCUGGAUCUUUCUUCCAAUUGGUUCCUGAAAGACUUUAUUCAUACUAUACCAUGCACGAUAUCCUUCAUGAUUUGGCAGAGUCACUCUCUAGGGAAGACUGCUUCAGAUUGGAAGAUGAUAAUGUUACAAAAAUACCAGGCACUGUUCGAUAUCUAUCUGUUCAUGUUGAGAGUAUGCAAAAGCAUAAGAAAAUUAUCUGCAAGCUACUUCAUUUACGCACCAUUAUCUGCAUCAAUCCACUAAUGGAUGGUGCAAGUGAUCUUUUUGAUCAAAUGCUACACAACCAAAGAAAAUUGCGUGUAUUGUAUUUGUCAUUUUACACCAGCAGCAAGUUGCCGGAAUCUAUUGGUGAGCUAAAGCACCUCCGGUAUUUGAACCUUGUCAGGACAUUAAUUUCUCAAAUGCCUAGAUCAUUAUGUACUCUCUACCACUUACAAUUACUUUGGUUGAACUGCAUGGUAGAGAGAUUGCCUGACAAACUUUGCAAUUUAAGUAAGCUGCGACAUCUAGGAGCAUACCCAUAUUACUUUCAUGGUUUCGUGGAUGAAAGGCCUAAUUACCAAGUUCCGAACAUAGGUAAGCUAACUUCACUACAGCACAUUUAUGUCUUUUCUGUGCAAAAGAAGCAAGGGUAUGAGUUGCGACAGCUGAGGGACUUGAAUGAGCUUGGUGGCAGUUUAAGAGUAAAAAAUCUUGAGAAUGUCAUUGGAAAGGAUGAAGCCUUAGAGUCGAAGCUAUUUCUGAAACGUCGCCUUAAAGAGUUGGCACUUGAGUGGAGUUCCGAGAAUGCAACAGAUAUCCUGCACUUGGAUAUUCUAGAAGGUCUAAGACCACCACCCCAACUGAGUAAGCUCACAAUCGAAGGUUACAAAUCUGACACAUACCCUGGGUGGUUACUUGAGCGAUCCUAUUUUAAGAAUUUGGAAUGUUUUGAGCUUAAUAAUUGCAGUUUAUUAGAAGGUCUGCCACCUGAUGCCAGGCUGCUUCGGCGUUGCUCUAGGCUACAUAUAAAAAACGUUCCAAAUUUGAAGGAACUAUCUUAUCUUCCAGCAGGCCUUACAGAGUUGUCAAUUCACAAGUGUCCACUGCUUAUGUUUAUCACCAACAAUGAGCUAGGACAACAUGGCUUGGAGGAAAAUGUAAUGAAGAUAGACAACCUGACAUCAAAACUUGCAUUGAUGUGGGAUGUGGAUUCAGGUUCAUGUAUUAGGAGAGCGCUAUCAGAGGACUGUUCAUCUCUGAAGCAGAUUAUUAUGACACUAAUGGAUGAUGAUAUAUCAAAGCACCUCCAAAUCAUUGAAAGUGGUCUAGAGGAAGGAGGAGAAAAGGUAUGGAUGAAAGAAAACAUCAUCAAACCAUGGCUCUUUUGCCAUGAGCAGAGGAUAAGUUUCAUUUAUGGGAGGGCCAUGGAGAUGCCACUAGUUCUACCGUCAGGACUCUGUAGUCUUUCUCUUUGUUCAUGCAGUAUUACAAAUGAAGCUUUAGCUAUUUGCCUUGGUGGCCUUACUUCACUGAGGAAUUUAGAAUUGAAAUAUAAUAUGGAAUUAACUACACUUCCAACAAAAGGAGUGUUUGAGCAUUUAGCAAAGCUUGACAGGUUGUUUGUAAGUGGUUGUUUGUGUCUCAGAUCACUGGGUGGCCUACGUGCUGCUCCAUCUCUUUCCUUUAUUAACUGUUGGGAUUGUCCUUCUUUAGAGCUAGCACGUGGAGCAGAACUAGUUCCGUCGAACCUUGAUAGAUACCUCAACAUCCGUGGCUGCAUUCUUUCAGCUGAUUCAUUCAUUAACGGCCUGCUGGACCUUAAAUACCUUUCCAUUGAUAGCUGCAGAAGCUCCCCAUCCUUGUCGAUUGGCCACAUGACCUCGCUUCAAUCAUUACAUCUAGUUGGUCUCUCCGAUCUUUACCUUGUUGAAGGCCUGUCUUGCCUGCGCCUUAAGUUCCUACAACUAGUAGACGUUCCAAACCUCACUGCAAAGUGCAUCUCACAGUUUCGUGUCCGGGUAUCGCUCACCGUUAGUAGCUCCGUAUUGCUCAACCACAUGCUCAUGGCUGAAGGGUUUAGGGUCCCACUGAAUCUUUAUCUUUUAGAUUGCAAGGAGCCGUCGAUUUCGUUUGAAGAUCCUGCAAAUCUGUCAUCUGUCAAGUGCCUGCAGUUUUUGCGUUGUGAAACGGAGUCCCUGCCAGGAAAUCUAAAAUCUCUCUCAAGUCUGGAGAGUCUUCAUAUAGGGCGUUGCCCCAACAUAGCAUCUUUACCAGAUCUGCCAUCCUCCCUCCAGCGCAUAACUAUAUGGGAUUGUCCCGUCUUGAAGAAGAACUGCCAAGAACCUGAUGGAGAAAGCUGGCCAAAGAUUUCGCACGUUCGUUGGAAGAGCUUUCUACAAAUACCGCACUGGCUUCCUUAGAGUUGCCACUUUGAAAUAAAUGAGAAGGCACCUUGACGUCACCCCUCUUCUCUUGAAGCUCCAGAAUUCAGGCUCAAGUCAGAAGCCAAUCCGUCGUUAAUGCUGCCGUCCCCGCGGUUCCCUGUUUUUGCCGCUUGUAUUGCUCCGCUAUUUCAGUUGCUAUAUCAUUCAUUCCUUGGUUGUGCACAAUUGCCAAUAUGUAUUUCUCUGACAGAAUGAAGUGAUAACUGUGGCUAGGGCUUUUGUUUUCA